ACAAACCUUGCCGCGUGCGUUUCGUUUGCGUUUUGCCGAUAGCCCCGCCGGUGCCGGUGUGGUCGUUCGGCUUCCGAAUGUCUUGCCAGUGUUCGAGAACGCGCGUUGUAACCAUUCGAACCUAAUCUGACGUGUGCUAACUUUGCGCGGUUUGCGCGUGCAUUUCGUAUCCGCAGCAAACGAAGCCUGUAAGCGCCUUCGAACACUCGGGAAAAUGUCGCGCGUCAAGAAAGUGAUCGCCGGUUUCUACACCGACAUGAACAUGCUUCUUGGAAAGUUCAUGGCCAAGAACACAGUGCGAUACGUCGACUUCGCCGAACAGUGGAGGGAGCACAAGUUCUCUUUGAUCUUCUGUGGAAGAAAAGACCAGCGUGAACUUCGUUACGUACGUUCACAGAGUGUUCUUGCCUUGUUCUCACUGGAGCUAGUUUUAAGGUUGCCGUAUCCCCUUUUGCAGAUGAUAGAAGAAAUGAUGCCCAUCAUCCUGAAGUUGUGGAUUCCAACCAGCACUUUUCCUGAAAAGCUGUUUGCUCUGUAUAUGCUUUACGCCUGUUACGAAGUGCAGCCGAUUGAGCCCAAGUUGAAGAUCCGAGUCAAGCUGUCCCACUGGAACAUGAUGGAAGAGGUUCUUCAGCAAUCCAAAAAGGAGCAACACCUAGACGUCUGCUACAUCAUAUACCGCAUGAGGGUGACCCACUGCUUCCACUUCGUGGCAUAUCUCAAACAUCGAAGUCCAGCACGGCUAACCGAGCUGGAAGACGACAUCAGCUCGACUGCUGAAGCGACUGCCAAAGUGUUUGCUGACAUGGAACGCCUGGUGAAAGAUGGCUUGCUUGAGCAACUCUCAAUCAUGCACAACCAGUAUACAUCCAUGAAGGCGGCACAAGAGCACCAGGGUGUCAGACAGUUGGACAUGGUCAAAGACAACAUCUUUGACGAAAUGAACAGGGAGGUGUCCGUGCUUCAGGCAAAGUACAGAGCGGUGCGGGAAGCUGAGCAGCAAAGCAAGCAGAGCGGAGUGAGCAGCUCGGAGGACGAGGACGCCUCGGAUGUGGGCGCGAGGCGCAAGCGGCUCCGUGAACGGCAGUUUGCCAACAAGCCCAACACCCGCCAAGGGACGCGUUUCGAAGAGCUCAUGGAGAGGGAGGGCACCCUGCAGGUAGACACUUCCCCAAGUUCCUCGUCUGAGGAGUGGUCACCCCCUCCCACCGCCAAGAGACCAUCCCGAAAAAAGGGCAAGGCUUCGAAGAAGAAGGCCGACAGCCCUGAUGCCAAGUCCGAACAACCAGCCGCACAAGACCAGACGUCACAAGAUCAACCGGAGGCUCCUGCCUCGGACUCGAGCAGGGCAAGGAAGAAGGCCAAGAGACCAGCUCCCAAGACGAGCAGUGUUCAAAAGGAUCAGCCUGGAGACUAGUCCUGCAAAAAUGGCAUUUGCACCUCAUCUUCUCAGUCACCUCAUCGACAUUUUGUUGAGUUUAUGUUGAGAGAAAAGUCAGUCCCUCUCUUUACGUUCACAUAUUACUACUAGAACAAAUAAAUAUGUUGGAUGUUUGAA